UGAAAUAUGGACGAUGAAAAUUAACGAGAAAAAUCUUUGCACGUUCGCCACAACGCCACCAGUCGAUCUGGAGGGCUGGUUGAACAAGCGGGGUGAAACGAACAAAAGCUGGCAGCGGCGCUGGUUUGUGCUGAAGGGCAACUUGCUGUUCUACUUUGACAAGCGUACCGAUAAGGAACCGCUCGGCAUGAUCAUCCUUGAGGGCUGCACAGUGGAGCUAGCGGAAGAGAGCGAGCAGUACUGUUUUCAGAUCAUAUUUCACGGUCCGAACAAUCGGACGUACUACCUCAGCACGGAAUCGCAGGCCAACAUGGAGCAGUGGAUGAAGGCGCUUACCUGUGCCGGGUACGACUAUAUGAAGCUAAUGGUGGCGGAAUUGCAGCGCCAGCUGGACGAAAUUGAGGGCCAGUGUCGGGAGAAAACGCCCGAAACGGUGCCCAUGCUAGCGCCACCGAAAGCACCACCGAGGCGACACAACCCUUUCAACAAACCGCUUACGACGGAGUACGCAUCAAAUGCAGAUGAUGGAACCGGAGCAGGCCCACCCGCACGUGCCAACCGGAAAGCGCCGGCCGCAUCAUCCACCACACCCAGCCCAACCAAACCGAACCAACCGGAAGCCACACCGAACCGCACCGGUAAGCAAACCGUAACGGGGACGAAAUCGAGCGAUGCCAUCGCAACGAUGACCACCGACGUUGCACCGCUCGAGCGCGGUGCCGUCGUAUCGUUUUCGUUCGAUGCGAUGCACUCGGCGCUCGGUGUCCCGGUGUUGGCCGAUCUGAGCAAAUGGAACGCUAGCCGGCAGGAGCACCACUGCAAGGAGCAAACCGAGGAUGCGAAGCAGGAACAGCUGCAAAUGGAUGAAAAACGGCCCCCAAAUAAAACGGAAGAUUCGAAACCCGCCAUAGUGACGUCAGAGUAA